AUGAAGUUCUUCUCUGUCAUCCCUCUUCUGGCUGCCGCCAUCGUCGCUGCUCAGGACAACUCCUUCUCUCAGCCCCAGCCUGGCGAUGAGCUCCACGCCGGAGACGCCUUUGUCAUCCGAUGGAACGCCACCACUGACGGCCAGGUCGCUCUGGUGCUGCUCCAGGGCAAGUCCGACAACCUUUCUCCCGUUCUGACCAUCUCCGAGGGUCUCGACAACCGAGGAGCUGUCCGAUGGCUCGUGCCCUCCGACCUCCCUGACGGAGACAACUACGCUCUGCGAAUUAACCCCGUGGAAAAUGCCGACGACGUCAACUACACCGGCCAGUUCAAGAUCACCGGCGGCCAGGUUGCCAACACCUCCUCCGAGGCUGCCGCCGAGGCCACCUCUUCUGCUGCCAACUCCUCUUCUUCUGCCGCUGACUCUACCACCUCAGCCGUCAUCCCCGUCACCUCCGGUGCCAACUCUUCUACCACAGUCCCCGUUGCUUCCACCGUUGCCAACACCACCACCGAGGUCUCCUCCACCGAGGCUGAGUCCACUUCCUCCACCGCCUCCGCUGUCACCACCAACAUUGUUGGUGCCGGUGUUUCCAACGGUACCGGUUCCACCAACGGCUCUGUCCCCAACUCUCGAUCUUCUUCUGGCGCUGCAUCCCGAACCACCCUGUCCACCUCUGGUCGACCCUCCGGUUCCACCUCUCGAUCCUCUGGAUCCGCAUCUGCCGCCUCCGCCACUGGAUCCGCUGGAGCUACUGCUUCGCGUGCUCCCACCAACGCCGGUGUCGUCAACUCCCAGAACCUGGGUCUUGUCGGCGUCGCUGCUGGUAUCGCUGCCCUGAUGAUGUAA